AUGGCUUUCCAUGCUGCAAAUGAUGCAGACCUCAAAGAGGGAGUUGACCAUUGUGAAGGAGCAAAAGCUACAAAUGCCGAUGAUCUUCAUCAAGCUCAGCGCGCGGCUGAAGAAGAACGCGAUACCGCGUUCCUCAAGUCUAUCAAGCAGCAUCGAGCCGCUGUCGCUUGGUCCGUCCUUCUCUCGACUGCAAUUAUCAUGGAGGGAUACGAUAUGAAACUCAUCGGAUCUCUCAACGCCCAGCCAGCCUUUACCAAGAGAUAUGGCAAACAACUCGCCAACGGAAAAUAUGAAAUACCUGCUGCCUGGCAAGCUGGUUUGUCCAACGGCGCCUCUGUUGGAUCCAUCAUCGGCCUCUACCUGAACGGACAUAUGUCUGAACGUCUGGGCUUCAAGAAGGCAAUGCUAUUGUCCCUAGUUCUCAUGACUUUGGCAAUCUUCAUACCAUUCUUUGCCCCUAGCAUUCGGGUCCUACUGGUUGGGCAGAUCUUCCAGGGCAUUCCGUGGGGUGUUUUCCAAACUCUGACCACGGCUUAUGCAGCUGAGGUCUGCCCCGUCCAUCUCCGAGGUUAUCUCACAACUUAUGUCAACUUAUGCUGGGUCAUUGGACAGUUUCUAUCUGCCGGGGUCUUGCGGGCGAUGGCCACCAGAUCCGAUCAAUGGGCUUACCGCAUUCCCUUUGCCAUCCAAUGGAUUUGGCCUGUCCCUCUAAUCAUCGCGAUAUCAUUUGCACCAGAGUCGCCUUGGUGGUGCGUUCGUAAAGAUCGUACCGAUGAUGCUAAAGCUAACCUCCGUCGCCUUGUCGACUCUCGAACCACUUCGGCCGAAGCACUCGAUAACAUGGUCAAACUUAUGGAAGUGACUGUUGCACAAGAGCGAGAGGCCGGGACUGGAAAACACUAUCCUGAUUGUUUCCGUGGUGUUAACCGGCGACGAACGAUGAUUGCAUGCUGUACCUGGGGAAUUCAGAUCUUGUCUGGUACCGGCCUGCGAACAUAUGCGACCUACUUUUAUCACCAAGCCGGUCUCCCUACUACUCAAGCCUUCAACAUGAGUCUCAUCCAGUAUGCUCUCGGUAUCGUUGGAGUGUGGAUUUCCUGGCUCAUGCUUCCGUACUUCGGCCGACGAACUAUGUACAUCUGGGGUCUAGUUGGUCUAGAUGUUUGUCUCUUAGUCAUGGGUGGACUAGGUACAAGACCAACUACACCUACACUCGGCUGGACUAUUGGAAGCAUUUUGAUUCUCUACACAGUGGUUUACGACAUCACUGUCGGUCCUAUCUGUUAUGCUCUCGUGUCAGAGGUACCAGCAUCUGAGCUGCGAAGUAAGACGGUUGUGCUUGCCCGUAUGAGUUAUAAUAUGCUCAACAUUGUGAGCAACGUUAUCACACCUUACAUGCUGAACCCAGGUGCUUGGGCGUGGGGAGCCAAGACCGGGUUUUUCUUUGCAGGAACUUGUUUUCUAUCUCUCAUCUUUACAUUGUUGUGUAUCCCGGAAACAAAGAAUCGUACAUAUGCUGAGCUGAACAUCCUAUUUCAGAGGCGGAUCAAGGCUUGGAAGUUUGCUGAAGAAAAGGUUACUUUAGAUGCUGAGAACUAG